GGUUUUAGUGUUCUGGUUCUGUUUUGGUGGACUUAACCCUAAGUCCUCAGGAGGGUCAGGAAGGCUGCACAUAGUGCUGGGGCUUGCCAGGGUUUUGGGUUUUUGCUUUCGUUGUGGGGUUCUGAUCUUUAGUACCUCUCCUUCUGCUGAGGAUGACCCCUCUUUCCCCAAGAACACCCUACAGAUGUUGAGGUUAAGUCACAAGCAUCGCUCGUGUGGAUGUCUAGAACUAAAUGAAAAAAUGAAAAGAAUCCAUCUCUGAGUCCUUCUUCCAGGGUCUCCCAGGAAGCAAGAGCCUUACGCAAACAGCAUCUUCUAGGCUUCUUGAAGCAGACAUGCAGAUUCGACCCCAUAGUGGCUUUGGGCUGCACCAUAUAAUACACAUCAUAGGAAAAGGUGGGUGGAAUGUUCUUGCGGAGAUAACUGCCUAAGAAAGACCUGUCCAGACACAGACUCUGGCAAAGGAUGGCCAAAAUGUGUAAUAGGCCCAGGUUGGUUUGACAAAGAAGAAGUGAAAUCAAGGUCCAGCGACCCAGAUUCAAAGCAUUCCUCUCUCCUGGGCAAUGUUUUCUUUCAUUCCAAGCUCUCUGCUUGUGUCACUAUGUAAACAUAUUCAGACAUGAAAGGGAGACACCCCACACUACUUUAGUGGUCAUGUUUGUUUGUGCUCCACUAUGCCCGCAGAGUUACAUCCUGGCCAUCCAUGCAUGAGGAGACAGCAAGGAAAGCCAGCAUUUCCUUUAAAAAAAAAAAUGUGGCUUUACUCACCAAACUUCUCUCCUCUCUAUUCUGACACAUAGCCUGUGUGCCAUACAUCUGAGUUUCUUUGGACAGAAGCUUCAGGAGAUAUUUAUUUCAUUGAGGUGAAAAAGAAGUUGUGUCUUGUCCAGCCUGGGCAUGUGCUUCUAUGAAUAUUCAGACUGCCCCUUGGGAGCUGGCACGGUGCCUUGCACCGAGAUCUUGAAUCUUUGUUGAGCAAAUGAAUGCACUUAAAUUGAAAAGAAAGUACCAUUUUUUUCAGGAAGGUUUUGGAACAUGUGGGAACUCGUGAUUUUCCCAUUUUACAUUUAAUAGACUAGAAAGCUGGCCUUGAGAAGCCAGGAAAGAUCAUCAAGAUCAUUCCAUAAGCUAGAUAGAGAAAAUGAGUUCAGGUAGAAGAGUUUUGACGAUCUGCUCCAUUUCCUUUCCCUUGACCAUGGCUGGGUGAUCAUUCCGUGACCACGCUUGGAAACCAUAGCAAAGUUUUCAAGCAAAAUCUUUUUUUCUGCAGCUGUGUUUCAUACCUCAUCAUUUCUCUUGGUUCGUGUGAUUAAUUGCCAUUAUGUUUAAAGUCAAUACUGUUCACAUUCAGAAUUUGGUUUCUCAGGUGCAGGCAGAGGUUCUGAAUCAGAAAAAUCAUGUUUUAUUAGAAUUGAGCAGAAAUAUUCCUCACGUCUGAUUGAUCCAAAAGUCAAUGACUUUGUGACCUCGGGCACUGGUGCCUCUUUUUCCAUUUGUGAGAAAAAACAGUUCUGCCUCUAAGGCACAUACUUGGAUAUCAAGGUUAAGAUAUCGUUUGCAAAACAGAGCAUGCUUCCAGGUUUUUGGAUAAAAGAGGCCCAUCAAUAUCUACCAUUAACUUCAUGAUUUUAACACAGAAAGAAAUUGAGGCGAGCAAUUAUUUUCCUUUAUGCCUCAGGUCAAAACUGGCCAAUGAAAUUUAAGAUGCAGAAUUGAUCUGAAAAACCCCUCAGAGCUAUGAAAAUAAUGCACAUUGAGGCACAUUUAUUGUUUGAAAGGUCACAUUCUCAACAUAAUUCCACUAUUAAGUAAUCCCACUACUGUCAAUUAAAGAGACAAGCAAGUACGAUUCAGGUAGGCGCACUUCAACUUGUGAUAUUAGAUAACUUAAAAGAAUGAGGCUUCGUAAUAUGAAGGAACUUCCCGUGGAAUUUUAAUAAAUUAACAUGCAACUUUUCAUAAGAACACUGACAGUAUAAAGUGAAUUAUGCCUAUUAUUUGUGCAUGUUGUGUAGACUUUUUUCAAAGGAGGAAAGGUAUAAAUUAAGUUUUAAAUUAAGAAAAAUAGCGUCAGAGAUCAUACAACCUGGAGAUUGUUAUCAGCACUCUGCACACCUCAGAGUUCUUACCUCUGCCCUCACAUAUCAUGCUACUUUCAGCCCCCAGAUUUCCUUGGCAUGUGUUUCUUUCUUGGCCUGAAAUCCACUCUUCAAUCCCAUACUUCAGCACGCCCAUCCCGCCAUCUUAAUGGCCCCAGCAUAGUGAUCUUCUCUAGAUAGCCGUGAAGCCACAAGAGUAGCCCCCUCUAGGAAGCCUUAAUCCAGAAUGCCGGGUGAAUUGUACUUCCUUCCACCUUUGGUUCCACUUUGUGGUCCAACCCUCUGUGCUAGUUCUCCCUCCCCAAAUUGGGAUUUUCAUCUCCAAUCCUUGGAAUUUUUCAAGAGCCAUCACCCACAUUCAUUACCUUGGUAACAACCUCAGGGCAGAGCCUCUGACUGAGCCUGACAUCCAGUGGGUUCUUUCUAUAGACUGAAUGUUUGUGUCCCCCUAAAUUCAUAUAUUGAAACCUAAUCCUCAGUGUGAUAGUAUUGGGAGGUGGGUCUUUGGAAGGUGAUUAGGUCAUGAGAGUGGAGUCUUCAUGAUGGGAUUAGUGUCCUUAAAGAGGCCCCAAAGAGCUUCCUUUCCCUUUCUGCCAUGUGACGAGACCGGGAGAAGGAGGCUGUCUGUGGACCUGGAGGCAGGUCUUCACCAGACACUGAAUCUGUUGAUGCCUUGAUCUUGGACUUCCCAGCCUCCAGAACUGUAAGAAAUAAAUGUCUGUUGUUUAUAAGCCCCCCAGCCUAUGGCAUUUCUGUUAUAGCAGACCGAAUGGACUGAGACAUUUCUUAACACAUAUGUGUGGCUUGAAAGAACCCCACAGCACCCCAGUGCCAAGCCUAGAUGAGCUCAGUGGUUAAUGAUGUGCUUUUAGGAUAUAAGAUGGAGAGGGUUAUACAAGAUGGCCACAAUCACACCCCCAGCUUGCAGGAUUGGCCCUUUAGAGAAAAAAGUUCUCGUUCUGUUUACACAGCUUCAGGGUUCCAACAAGUCUCAGAAGCAGAAACUGCUUGGAUUCCCAUCUCUUUGGAUCGCUGUCAUUCUUAUCCCAUCCAAACGCACGCUUUGAUAGACAAUUGCAAGCCAGUUUUUGAAAGGGACUUGUCUGAGGCCUGACCUUCCUGAACAUUUUGAGGGAGAUCUCAAGAAAAAAAUGUUCCCCAUUCAUGACACCCUUUAGCGCCGUACUGCCUUAUUUCCAGCAGAAACAGGAGACCUUAUAAAAUGCUAACUGAAAGCCCUCUUUGAGGGAAGGUGGGUGGAGAGGAUUAGAGGAGCAUCCGAGCGAUUCUGGCUCUACAGGGAUGGGAAGGAAGGAAAGUGCCAGCAGCUUCCUCAGCGCUUCCGCCUGCAUGCUCCUCUCAGCUUUUUCCUUAUCUCUGCUCCCAGAGGUCUCCUAAGCAAACACUGGAGUAAUGAUCUGAGGCCAGGGCAGCUGUUGGUUGCCUCCCUCUUCACAAAAGCGCUUAAACCAGAAACCCUGAAAGCAAGCAAGCAAUGGAAAUACCUCUUUCCAAACCCUUUGCAAAGUAAUGUCACUCUGUUCCUCAUACUUCUUCAUAAAACACAGGGGUAGGUAGAGACCCAUUUCCAGCUCAAGCGUGCACAAUAAUGCAAAAAAAGAGGCAGUUUUAUUCUUCCCACCAUACAGCACUUUUUCAGAAAGACAAGAGCUGCUAAGGAAGUCUCCCAGGGCUAGAAUCCAAUUAACUGCUGUACUGAUUGCUGAUAACUUUAGGCAAUCACUUGUGCUUUAGAAAAUGGGACAGAGAAUCUGAAAGAUCAUAAAGACAAGAUGACUGAUCAACCAAGACAUAGAACCUAAUACCACUCUUUCCCCUAGUCGUCCGCCAUUUUCGAAUGAAAAUAAGGGAAGAAGAAACGCGGGGAAUGAAAUGCCGUAGGUCUUAUACUUGGUGUUUUGUAACAUGAAAGUGCCAGUCUGUAUGUCUGGAAGCUCAGAUUCUGAUGUGGAGCUCUGGGAAAUACUUGAAUAACCAUUAAGUAUUUCCAUCACUCUACAUGACUUGCUCUCAGAGCUGCAGUAGAGUAGGAAAUCUUGACAUAUGUGGAGUUCUAAGUCUUCCUGUGUCAGGUUCUGGUUCCUGUGUGACCACUUAGGAACUCUGGUCUUGGAUUAGUUAUGAUAUCCAUUAGUUGCAUAACAAACAUACCACCGGGUGCCACACAGUGGUAGAUGUUGGGUGUUCACAAGUUUGCAGAGUUUUACUGAUCUAUCCUGGGCUCAGCUGAUGUUGGCUGAGCUUGCUCCCAAGUCUGUAGGUUGGAUUUCUUUCAUCCUCCUCCAGGAAUCAGCAGGACAUAAUUCCUAUGUCCUACCCAGGAACAUCUUUAAGCUUCUGUUUGUACCAUAUUUGUUAACAUCCACUCCAUCAGUCAAGGGAAGUCACAUAGCCAUACCCAGAGAAAAGUGAGAAGAAGAGUGCAUGACCAAGUCUGAAUGGCAAGUGGACAGAUGACAAAAUGCAUGAAUAACUGAAGCUACAUGAUGCAACCUACCACAACACUAAUUCUCUCAAUCUCAGUUCUUGCAUCUGUUAGAUGGGAAUAAUAAUAUUAUUAUUAUAACAUAUCAUAACAUACCUUUGAAAAUGAAAUGAGAUGGUGCUUUAAAGGUCACAGCUGGAACAAAGCUGGUGCUCAGCAAACAUUAUUUUCUUCCUAUUCAUCUCCCUACUCUUGCAAAAUGGAAAUUAAUACCUGCCACACACACACCUAACAGAAUUAUUGUGAAGUUUUAAAAAGAUAACACAUGUGAGCACCCUUUCAAAAAUGCCAGUCACUGUAAAAUCUCUGUUUUACAGUAACGUAUAGAAUGCUUAUCCUUACACAGGUAAAACAAAUUCAAGCGCUUAGAAAUUAAAUCACAACUUUCAUUGAGCACUUUAGUUUAGCGUGUAGUAAGCGAAAAUUUUCUCCGUGAUCUGUUUUGGCAGUUACAGUAUGAAGCAAAACCAAUAAUGUGGCUCAAGGUGAGGGGCAGAGGCCAGGGGGGUUGAAAGCAGGAGGAGAUUUAUAGCCUCAGCUAAAUAACUCCCUUAGUGCUGCCCAAGAUACCUGGAACCAAUCCAGGAAUAAGGUCUUUUCUUUCCUUUAUCACACCAAAGCCUAAGUCUUAAUGAAGAUGUUUCCCAGUAGGAACUAAAGAGUGAUGAGUCACAGAGGAAAAGACCUAAGUGGUUGUCAGGUCACAAUCCUCUUACCUUAAUGAAUCGAAAACCAUUUAUGAAGCAAGGCAACCCAAUCCUCAGAUAAUGAACCUUAAUUGUGCAACUGGCUGUGGUCCCCAGAGACUACAAGGGGCCUAAAGAAAUUAACCUUGAAGAUGGUGAAGAUGUGAGGAAGAAAGGGUCAAUGUUUUCAUGCAGGAGAGAUGGGAAAUCUGAGCCUCUGACCAUGUCCUAUCUAAUGGCCUUUGUGACAUUUCCAAGUGCUCCUGGUCUAGAGAGGUUCAUUAUAAAGGUCAUCCAUCCAUCCGUCCAUUUCUCCUCUCCUUUUUUUGAACAUCAAAAUGGGGAAGAAGAAUGGCUCAAAUGCAAGGAGAUUUGCUAAAAGAGGUUGCUUGGAACAGGGACACUCCCUCUGUAGGUCAGAAGCCCUCACCACCCAGUGGGAAUUUGCUGAGUUGGAUUGCAGCUAAGACUCCCUUUCCCUGUGGUACACACUUAAUUGAUAUUUCACCAGUUUCUAUAUAUUUGAUAUUCAUUGACUUUUUCUUCCAAGGCUGAGUUAAUCCCAGAUUGCAAAUUCUGCCCUUUUUGAAGCUGAAGGAACUCUCUUAAAAUGUGAAGUUGCAAGCAGAGAGCACCCCUACAUAAGGGAACCUGGGAUGUAGAGCGGUGAAUGGGGGUUCCCGUUUCUGACUGUUUUGGCAACAGUGAUCAUUCUCCAUGGUGUUAGGACAACUAAUGAUCCGAUGAUUAUUUUCAUUGACACGGUACAUCUGUUGCCUAAAUUAGAGUAUUUCGUAAGCCCUCCUGCAACUGCCACCUCUCCUCCUGCCCCCUCCCAUCGCUAAAUAAGUCUAACUACUUUAGGGGUAAGACAUGGAGUACUCAGUAGUUAAAGGACUUGGAGAUGCUAGUAACAAAUUGACUGGCACGUUCCACUUUACAAAUAGCUUUAAUGAAUACGAGACUUGUGCUUGAUAAGUGUCUUCCAUGGUACCUGGCUUGAGAUGGAUGGCCAAUGAAUAUUGAUUCUGUGAACAAGUCAAUGAAUGAGAUACAGAAAGUUAACACGAUGGCCUAAAAUAAUACACUUUCAAAUGCUUAAUUCGAAGCCCCUGACUAAUAAAGAAUAGAUGAUGAAAUAUGCAUUUAAGUCUUUGUAUGUUGGUGGGGAUGAGAAGGAAAUAGCAUUCUCACUACGUGUGGCCUCCUGGAGCUAAAUACAGGUCCAUUGUGUGCAAAUUAACCAAAGCUUCUGCAAAAUAGCCAGAAGAAUGGUACCUCCUUCAUAGGAGGAGCUAAUCCAUGAAAAUCUCUGAGUGCAGUGCCUGGGACAAGGCACCUGUUGCUACCUUCAUUUCAAUCAUCACCAUCAGCAUCAUUUCAAGAUCCUAAUAUGAUUCUGAAUCCUGUUGAUUCCCAGGGGGUUGCUUUAGUCAGGGACCUUGCAGACCACUAUAAAAACACGAUGAACAAACCCAGACUCCAGGGGCUGGGGGACUGGAAUGUAAACAACCAGAAAAGCUAAACCUUCCUUAUAUGGUGAGAUGAUAUAGGAUAUUCGCAAUUCCUUGCUAAAGGCCCUUCCCCUAGCCUUGGAAAGUAGUUUUGGUUCCGGAAGCUCUGUUUAGAGUUUGUCAGAAAACAACCAGUCUUACACAUGUAAUUAGUCUGAUUUUUUUUUUAACCUUGACACCAUCCCAGUCUGUUCUACCCCUAUAACUAAAGUUUAGGGUCAGACUGACAAGCAGCAGGGGGUGAUCCGUUGUGCCACAGACAAAAAAGGUCAAGGAGAAAACUCUAGAGGAGUGAUUCUGAUUGAUAAUUCUGGUGAGAGGGUCUCUGGGACUAGGAAGGGACAAAGACCAGAAUAGAAUGGCUCAGGAAAGAGUUGCCAAAAGUAAAAAGCAAGUCACAGAUAUAUCUUGUUUAAAUCAGGAGCAAUCAAACAGGAUGAAACCUGAACAUGGCACAUGGGGUGAGUGAUGGCUCUACAACGGCCAGGGUAAAAGGCCUGUCCGAAUAUCUGCGGCUAGUAAGUCAGGCAGAGGAGGAAUGAUACCUUGAACAUACAAAGAGUGAUUUCCUCCCCCAACCCCAAAAUAAAGCCUUUGAGAAGAUAGAGGGAGGGCUGAGGAAGAGGAGAGGAAAUAAAAUUAAAGAUGGCAGUGAAGGAAUGUAAUUCUUGUGAAUAAAUUCGUUUUUAGUUGCAUCAAAGAAAGUUGAUAAUGGGUACCCAGUUAGGAAGAGGGCCAAAAGAAAGCAAAGCUCUAGUGGAAGGGAGCGUCUCCUAGUAGGGUUUGCAAUCCUCUAGAGAAACACAAUAUCAUGGGUAGAGGUCGAAGUAAAAAAUGAGAUGACAGAUGAAAGGGCUUGGUGAGUUGAUUGAGUUUUGUAGCAAACAGAAUAUAAAGGCAUGGAGGUAAGAGCUUUCUCUACCUUACUCUCCACUCUAUAACCUGAAACUAAAACCUCCUGGCACACAGUAGGUGCAUUAUAUCUCCUUAUUGAAUGAUUGAAUGAAUAAAACAAAAGACUAAGGGACCCCAAACACUAGGAUACUGUGUAAGAAAACGUCAUGGUUAAGCCAAUAGCAAGAGAUAACGAGGUCCAGAGGCCCCCAGAAAUGGCAAAGAUAUUUUAUAUAAAGACAGAGUAUUACUUUCAGUAGGUUGGAGCCAUUGAGGAUUUGUCAGGAUGUUAAGACUCUGGUCAGAGGAGGUAAGCGCCUGGUUAAGUGUGAAUGAGGUUGUAGACAUGCACCUAAGAUAAUAGGGGGAAAAUGUUAAGAAUAGAGAACUGGGGACUACCCAAGGAAAUGAAUCAGUGUAAUGUAGUUGGUGUAGAGUCUGAAGUUCCUUGGAUACAGAUGAAUGAACUAGAAAAAAACUUGAGGUAAUCAAGGAUUAAGAACUAGAGUAAUGGACCAUCCUAGGACACCAUCUGGAGAACCAGCAUAGAUGGCCCCAUCUUCAAGACGUCUUGGGAGUCGUGGCAGAUAGAGAGAGGGACAAGUGCCAUCCAAGGAACAAAGGACACAGGAUGUCAGCCUUAAAUAUCAUCGGUGAGUUCACAUAUGGUCUGUGUGUGUCACAUUAUAUAAUGUGAAAUCCCUUAUAAUGGUAUAGAUGUUCUUAGCUACAAUUAAGGAGUCACCUGCUGAAGUAGAGAUGUUGAAUUAUUUUCAUAUAGAAAACUCCUUAAACAUAAGAAAGUUCAAAAAAAAACCUCUUUUCAACUUCCUUAUGCCCUGACCCAAGUCUUUGCAGUAUUUUCUCACUGGCUACUUUUUACAAGUGACUGGCAAUGUCGAAUGAGAGAGUCAAUCCUGGUUUAUCUGAGUCCUGGAGAGCUACACGUGCUUAUUAUUUUAUGCUCCGCUGUUAGGAACUGAGUCUAUAAAUCAGUGUUGAAACUUUUCCUAAGAAGAGGCUUUGCUUAUAUGCUCUUAAACAUCUGGUCAGACAGGAAAAAAAAAAUCCAGUUAACUAUCCAGAUGCUGUGUCAACAACUAGGCUAAACAAAUGAGCAUUUAGAAAUACCCGAGAGGUGAGAUUUCUUUUUCAGCUUUCAGAAAAACAGCUGAGUACUGGUGACACCUGGAUCCACUGCUCUCAGGGUCCUGUUCCUUAAAAGAGAAAUGAAUGGAGAACCAAAGCAGUGCCUUCAGCUGUCAGCUCUAGAGAGAGCGACUGCACAGCUGAGCUCAGGAGCCCAGAUGCCCGGGCAGAGCUCAGCCCCUCUCGCCUCCUUUCCUGGGUGAGCCGCCCCUGUGGUUUGGUUCAGAUCACUUUUCUCGGCUCAAAUGCGGUACCUAAGACAGCGAUCAUUUGUCAAGUGAGCACGGUACACAGAGAGCUCUAGGCAGAUUAUGGAAAGAGAGGGAGGAAAGGGAGGGAGGAGAGAGCUCGGGAGAGAGAGAAGCAAGAGAGGGAAGAGGGUGAGGAAGCGAGCGGGCUGCUCUAGGAACAGUGCUUUCCAGGCACUGGAGAUUCAAGUUAGACAGGGUGACGGUGCAGAGGCACCGCCCGGGAGAGGGGAGAGACCAGGACUCCCCGCAUGGCUCUUUUCAUGUGGGAUGCUUAAGGACAGCACACACAGAGAGUAACUUGGAGAGGACAGCAACUGGCAUGAGGAUUCCGCCAAAAUGGAAGGGCUCCUGUCUCCGAUGAGGACCAAGAUGACGGAGGGCCGUCGAUGUCAAGUACAUCUUCUGGAUGACAGGAAGCUGGAACUCUUAGUACAGCCCAAGCUUUUGGCCAAGGAGCUGCUGGACCUCGUGGCAUCGCACUUCAACCUGAAGGAAAAGGAAUACUUCGGAAUAGCCUUCACAGAUGAGACGGGACACUUAAACUGGCUUCAACUAGAUCGAAGAGUAUUGGAACACGACUUCCCCAAAAAGUCGGGACCAGUGGUUUUGUACUUCUGUGUCAGGUUCUACAUAGAAAGCAUCUCGUACCUAAAGGAUAAUGCCACCAUUGAGCUCUUCUUCCUGAAUGCUAAGUCCUGUAUCUACAAGGAGCUGAUCGAUGUUGACAGUGAAGUGGUGUUUGAAUUAGCCUCCUAUAUUUUACAGGAGGCAAAGGGAGAUUUUUCUAGCAAUGAGGUGGUGAGGAGUGACUUAAAGAAGCUGCCGGCGCUCCCCACUCAAGCCCUGAAGGAGCACCCCUCCCUGGCCUACUGUGAGGACCGAGUCAUUGAGCACUACAAGAAACUGAACGGCCAGACCAGAGGUCAAGCAAUUGUAAACUACAUGAGCAUCGUGGAGUCUCUCCCAACCUACGGGGUUCACUAUUAUGCAGUGAAAGACAAGCAGGGGAUACCGUGGUGGCUGGGACUGAGCUACAAAGGAAUCUUCCAGUAUGACUACCACGAUAAAGUGAAGCCGAGGAAGAUCUUCCAAUGGAGGCAGUUGGAAAACCUGUAUUUCAGAGAAAAGAAGUUUUCCGUGGAAGUUCAUGACCCCCGCAGGGCUUCAGUGACCAGGAGGACGUUUGGACACAGUGGCAUCGCGGUACAUACAUGGUACGCAUGUCCAGCAUUGAUCAAGUCCAUCUGGGCUAUGGCCAUUAGCCAGCACCAGUUCUAUCUGGACAGAAAGCAGAGUAAGUCUAAAAUCCAUGCCGCGCGCAGCCUGAGCGAGAUCGCCAUCGACCUGACCGAGACCGGCACGCUGAAGACCUCCAAGCUGGCCAACAUGGGGAGCAAAGGGAAGAUCAUCAGCGGCAGCAGCGGGAGCCUCCUGUCAUCAGGUUCUCAGGAAUCCGAUAGCUCUCAGUCGGCCAAGAAAGACAUGCUGGCCGCCUUGAAGUCCAGGCAGGAAGCUCUGGAAGAAACUCUCCGCCAGCGGCUGGAGGAACUGAAAAAGCUCUGCCUUCGAGAAGCUGAGUUGACAGGCAAACUGCCCAUUGAGUAUCCCUUGGACCCGGGGGAGGAACCACCCAUCGUUCGCAGAAGAAUCGGGACGGCCUUCAAACUGGAUGAACAGAAAAUCCUGCCCAAAGGAGAGGAGGCCGAGCUGGAACGCCUGGAACGGGAAUUUGCCAUUCAAUCCCAGAUUACAGAGGCCGCCCGCCGCCUCGCCAGUGACCCCAACGUCAGCAAAAAACUGAAGAAACAAAGGAAAACCUCUUAUCUGAACGCACUGAGGAAGCUGCAGGAGAUCGAGAAUGCCAUCAACGAGAACCGCAUCAAGUCUGGGAAGAAACCCACGCAGAGGGCUUCGCUGAUCAUCGCCGAUGGAAAUAUUGCCAGUGAAGACAGCUCCCUCUCAGAUGCCCUUGUGCUAGAGGAUGAAGACUCUCAGGUCACCAGCACACUGUCCCCCUUACAGUCUCCUCACAAGGGACUCCCUCCUCGACCACCGUCACACAACAGGCCCCCACCUCCCCAGUCCCUGGAGGGUCUCCGGCAGAUGCACUAUCACGGCAGCGACUACGACAAAUCCCCCAUAAAGCCCAAAAUGUGGAGUGAGUCCUCUUUAGAUGAGCCUUACGAGAAGGUCAAGAAACGUUCCUCCCACGGCCAUUCCAGCACUCACAAGCGAUUCCCCAGCACGGGCAGCUGUGCAGAAGCAGGCGGGGGCAGUAGCUCCCUCCAGAACAGCCCCAUCCGCAGCCUCCCUCACUGGAACUCCCAGUCCAGCAUGCCGUCCACACCAGACCUGCGGGUCCGGAGUCCCCACUAUGUUCAUUCCACGAGGUCGGUGGACCUCAGCCCCACGCGGCUGCACAGCCUCGCCCUGCACUUUAGGCACCGGAGCUCCAGCUUGGAGUCCCAGGGCAAGCUCCUGGGCUCGGAGAACGACACGGGGAGCCCCGACUUCUACACCCCGCGGACUCGUAGCAGCAACGGCUCCGACCCCAUGGACGACUGCUCCUCCUGCACCAGCCACUCGAGCUCGGAGCACUACUACCCGGCGCAGAUGAACGCCAACUACUCCACGCUGGCCGAGGACUCGCCGUCGAAGGCGCGCGCGCGGCAGCGGCAGCGGCAGCGGGCGGCGGGCGCGCUGGGCGCCGCGAACUCGGGCAGCAUGCCCAACCUGGCGGCGCGCGGCGGCGGCGCGCACGGCGUCUACCUGCACAGCCAGAGCCAGCCCAGCUCGCAGUACCGCAUCAAGGAGUACCCGCUGUACAUCGAGGGCGGCGCCACGCCCGUGGUGGUGCGCAGCCUGGAGAGCGACCAGGAGGGCCACUACAGCGUCAAGGCGCAGUUCAAGACGUCCAACUCGUACACGGCGGGCGGCCUGUUCCGGGAGAGCUGGCGCGGCGGCGACGAGGGCGACGCGGGCCGCCUGACGCCGUCGCGCUCGCAGAUCCUGCGGACUCCGUCGCUGGGCCGCGAGGGCGCCCACGACAAGGGCGCGGGCCGCGCCGCCGUCUCGGACGAGCUGCGCCUGUGGUACCAGCGCUCCACGGCCUCGCACAAGGAGCACAGCCGCCUGUCGCACACCAGCUCCACCUCCUCGGACAGCGGCUCCCAGUACAGCACCUCCUCCCAGAGCACCUUCGUGGCGCACAGCAGGGUCACCAGGAUGCCCCAGAUGUGCAAGGCCACGUCAGCUGCCUUACCUCAAAGCCAGAGAAGCUCAACGCCGUCGAGUGAAAUUGGAGUGACGCCCCCAAGCAGUCCCCACCACAUCCUAACCUGGCAGACUGGGAGCUACGCUGAUAGCUGUUUCCUGGAUUCCUCCCUCUAUCCAGAACUAGCCGACGUCCAGUGGUACGGGCAGGAAAAAGCCAAGCCCGGGACCCUCGUGUGAGCCAGCCGGCCUCAAUCUGACCGCCUCAACGCCAUUCAGAGAUCACCUCACUGCCUCUCAUUUGCCUUACCCAGACGCACUGUCACCCUGCACCAGCUUCGGCCCUCAGCACUUUUUUUCUCCCGUCUCCGCAUUCCCUUCACCCUCAAAAACCUGACUGAGGAGACAUUCUGGAAGGUUCCGGUCCCACUGUGUGUCCUCUGGCUCUCUCGCCCACGGAGAGCCAGGCGCCAAUCCUCAACGGCACCUUGGUGGCUUCCCCCUGCCGUGACAGCCCCCAGGCCGGGAGCCAUCAGGGAAGGUAACGGACAUCAAACUCCUGUGGACAGGUGGCAUUGGAAGAGAACAGGAAAGGGGACUCGAGUACAGGGUGAUCCAGAAAGACGAUGAAGUUAUGGUCGGCCUGCACUCGGUGAAGAGGAUGCCUCGCUCGCUCGCGCGGGGGAAUAUGGGACUCCGUUGACACUUGAAAUAGUCCCGGGGGGGGGGGGGGGGGAGGGG